CACUAGAGUGCCUAAAAAAGAACCAAAAAAGGCUUGUGACUUUGUAUACACCAAAAAGUAGCCAUCAAAAAUCAAACAAAGUAGUCACUCACAAUGUGUUUGCCUGUGAUGCCUGUGCAAAUUCUCUCCCUUGUGCUGUUGAUAUUCUCCUCAGCACCAACUGCUUUGCCAGCGAAUGCACCCAUAGCCAAACCCGGCUGCGCUGAUCGCUGUGGGAAUGUAAGCAUCCCAUACCCAUUCGGCAUGACCCCGGACUGUUAUCUUGACAAACAUUUCCACAUCACCUGUAACAAUUCCUUCAGUCCUGCCAAACCAUUUUUAGAGAGUAGUACAAAAAACGUUACCAAAAUUACACUCGAAGGUCAGUUGCAUGUCUUGAAGUUUACCGCUCAUGAUUGUUAUGAUCAUGGUCACAGGACGACCUACAACGAGCCCAUAUUCAAGCUGACCAAAUUCACCAUUUCUAAUACCCAGAAUAAGUUCGUAGCAGUUGGUUGUGAUACUUACGCCAUUUUACACGCUUACGAAGGUGAUAAGAUGUACACGACUGGGUGUAUGUCCCUUUGUGAUAGCAUGGAUGACAUUACUGAUGGUUCUUGUUCCGGGUUUGGCUGUUGCCAAACAUCCAUCCCCAAAGGGGUAAGGGAAAUUAAUUUGACACUAAGUAGCUACUACAAUCAUACAUAUAUACAUGGCUUCAACCCCUGCAGCUAUGCCUUUGUUGUAGAAGAAAGCGAGUUCAACUUCUCAAAAAAUUAUCUUCGCGAUUUGAAGAACAGAAAAAAGCUUCCGUUGGUGCUUGAUUGGACCAUUGGUAAUGAGACAUGUGAAGUGGCUAGCAAGAAUAUGAUUAGCUAUGCAUGUAAAGAAAAUAGCGAGUGCUAUGAACCGGAAAAUGGUCCUGGCUAUCGAUGCAGAUGCUUUAAUGGUUACGAAGGUAACCCAUACCUGUCCAAUGGUUGCCAAGAUAUUAAUGAAUGUGAGGACCCAAGUCUCAACAGGUGCCCAAAACAUUGUGUUAACAUUGCAGGCAAUUAUAAAUGUUCUUGCCCCAAAGGAUACCGUUGGGACAGUAGAACAAAUGGAGAAGGUUGCGUUGUUGAUCAACUACUCGUGAUUACUCUUUAUGUUGGAAUUGCUACAGUGGUAACAGUUCUGCUUGUUGGUAGCUCCUGGUUGUACUUUGGAUUGAAGAAAAGAAAGCUCGUUAGGAUCAAAGUAAAAUUAUUUCAGCAAAAUGGUGGUUUAAUGUUACGACAACAGCUCUCUGGACAAGAAGGAACCAAGGAUACAGUCAAAAUUUUCACCGAGAAAGAGCUUCAGAUGGCUACUAACAACUAUGACGAUAGCAGAAUAAUUGGUCGAGGAGGUUAUGGCACAGUUUAUAAAGGCUACUUAACAGACAGCAGAAUAGUUGCCAUCAAGAAGUCUAAAAUAGUGGAUCAAGGCCAAAUUGAACAAUUCAUCAACGAGGUGAUUGUACUCUUUCAGAUCAACCAUAGAAAUGUGGUAAAGCUAUUGGGUUGUUGUUUGGAGACAGAGGUCCCUCUACUAGUUUAUGAGUUCAUCAACAAUGGCACCCUCUUUGAACACAUCCAUAAAAAAAGAAAGGAAACCGCCAUUUCUUGGGAUAUCCGUCUAAGGAUUGCAGCAGAAACUGCUGGGGUUCUAUCAUAUUUGCACUCUGCAGCUUCUACCCCGAUCAUCCAUAGAGAUAUCAAGUCUGCAAACAUACUCUUAGAUGAUAACUACAUUGCAAAAGUGUCUGACUUUGGAACAUCAAGGUUGGUUCCGUUGGAUCAAGCUCAGUUCUGUACGAUGGUGCAAGGAACUCUUGGAUACUUGGACCCUGAGUACAUGCACACGAGCCAAUUGACUGAGAAGAGUGAUGUUUAUAGCUUCGGGGUAGUCCUUGUAGAGCUACUAACUGGAAAGAAGGCCCUUUCUUUUGAUAGGUCAGAGGAGGAGAGGAGUCUAGCUACGUAUUUUCUUUCUUCGCUGGAAAAGGGUCGCUUGUUUCAAGUUCUUGAGGACCAUCUAGUGUGUGAUGGAAAUGCUGAGCAGCUCACGGAAGUUGCAGAGAUUGCAAGGAGGUGCUUAAACCUGAAGGGGGAGGACAGACCUUCUAUGAAGGAAGUAGGAAUGGGACUAGAGGGGCUAAGGAUGGUAGAGAAGCAUCAAUGGGUUGGCAUAGCAUUGAAUUUGGAGGAGACUGAGUCCUUGCUUGAUGAGAGAUCAAAUGCCAACGAAUAUGGUGGUAGUAGUGCUACAAAUGCCAAGUUUGAUAGCCCAAGGGAACAUGUAAUAUUGCCUAUCGAUGGUAGGAGAUGAUUGUUUAGUCCUGAUUUUGCCAUGUUAGCAUCUGAACCUUUCGGGACAUGGAGCUAGCCAAAUUAUCUGAACGCUGCUUAGAUGUCUUACUCAUGCAUUCUAUAUAGUUAUGUUUUUAAUGUCUCUUCACCUGUCAUGCAAUUGUUAGGUUUAAGCAGAUAGAUUGUCCAAUUUUUAUUAGUUUUAUGCAUAUGCAGCUAUGUGUUUGGCUUCAACUUCAAAGUGAAAGAUAAUAUAUGAGCGAACUUUAAGCAUGAAUUUUCCAUGAUAAUUUGUGAGAACAUUCUGCAGUGCAACUUUUUGUUGCAUUAUCAUUUUUAGACAACCAUAUACCAACUGUUAAGGAAUUUGAUCGAUCUCAAAUUAAUGG